AUGGCUACACAAGGAGUUCGAGGAGUUUCUAGGGUUUUAGAAAAGCUAGAAAAAUCUGUUAAAGAUGGAAAUUUUUACGAGGCACAUCAGAUGUAUAGGACAUUGUAUUUCAGAUAUUUAAGCCAGAAAAAAUAUAAAGAAUUAAAGGAUAUGCUAUAUAAUGGUGCCGUUUUAUUCCUAGAACGUGAUCAGCAAUUGAGUGGUUCUGACUUGGGCAUCCUAUUAGUAGAUGUAUUAGAAAAAUCGGAAGAUUUUAAUUGCGAAUUGUGGUGUAGUAAGUUGACAAAAAUAUUCCGGCAAAUAAGUUCUUCCACUUCAGAACGUGAUACAUUUCUAGCACGUGCAAUACGUUGGUCUUCUAAAGGAUCAUCCCAUGGUCAUCCUCUACUACAUCAGAGCAUAGCAUUGGUGUACUGGGAAGAAAAGAACUAUACCCAAGCACGUCAUCAUUUUAUUUAUUCACAAGAUGGUAAAAGUUGUGCCUGGUUGUUAAUAGAAUUUCAGAGGAGUCAAGGUUUCAAAGAUGAAGCUGAUCUUUUUAUAGCACAAACAGUUUUGCAAUAUCUAUGUCUAAAAAAUAAAAUCACAGCAAAUCAAACAUUUACUAGUUACACAGAACAGCACCCUAGAAUAUUGAAGUCUGGCCCUCCAUAUUUGCUGCCUUUGCUCAACUUUAUAUGGUUUUUGUUACAAGCGAUUGAGAGCCAAAAAAUCCAAACCUUUGCUGUUUUAUGUGAACAAUAUGAACCUUCUCUUAAAAGAGACCCUUGUUUCAUCCAGUACCUGGACAAAAUAGGUCAGAUUUUCUUUGGUUUGAAACCUCCACAACCGCAGCAACAUGCUGGGGGCUUCUUUGGUAAUUUUUUGGAGAACUUUAUUAAUGGGUUAGACGAAGAUAGUGAGGAUGAAGCACCUCAAGCAUCAACUUCUGGUACUUCAAGAAAGAAAACUGUUAUAGAGCAUGAUCAGUUGGACUAGUAUGUAUUUUUAAAAAAAUGUGAGUGUAAUUGAUAAAACCGUUG